AGUUGUGGAAGUGCAAAAAUACAGCAUUUGGUAACACGUCGUCUAUGGGGCAAAAUCGUUCCCAAUUGGAUGAUAUAAAGAUCUCUUCAGGCGGUGACAAUCAAGUAUCAGCUUAUUGCCACAUCAGUUCGAAGGAGCUCCUUGCUACGGCUGAAUUAACAACUAGGGCGAUUCUUCAAGGAAUCUGUAAUCCACGGGAAAUAGAAGAUCGGUUACACAACAUAGAAUCCCAAAUGGCUGACCAGCUUAAUGUCAUAAAGACAAUGAUUCUUAACAUCGAAGACAAAUUAGCACAACAAGAUAGUCAAUACCGUCGAGCUAACCGAAAGUUGCAUGGUGCCGUGGCAGAACUAAGUGAAUCUGUGCAGUCCUGCACGAGUCUGCCCAAUUCAGCAAGCAAUUCAAUCCAUGUUGAAACUUCUCAAGCAACGCCAACGUCCCAAUUGAAGCAGGCUCCUGCGUCUUCUUUUUACAGUUCACCUAUAACUAUUGGCGUAAGAAGCACCGGAGCCGACCCAGACGAAGAAGAUAUGCUGAAUCCUCGCCAAGAGGAGAUAGACCGAUACAAUAGUUCAAUUCACAUUGAGGGUGGAAAAAGAGUAUUCAGCUAUUUCUGGAAGGUUGGUGACAUGGAAUAUAAACUGAAAAGUUGGGGACCACGUCGCUCCUUGCGCUCGCCUAGUUUCUACAUAUUCGAAUAUGGAUACAUGAUGUAUAUUCGAUUGUUUCCACGUCAAAAUGGCCAAAAUGUUUACGCACAUGUUGGUUUAACCAAGGGAGAUUAUGACGAGGCUUUGGAAUGGCCAUUUAUUUUGAAACAUCGUAUAUCUAUUCUUGACCAAGUUUCAUCUCCCUUUCAAGAUAUUUCUUCACGAGUUUGGGAUCCGAAGAUUUUAUGUUCCGGGUGGAAUUGGAAACGCCCAGCUACGGGUGACAACCACGAAUGUGUCGGAUUGGGAUUUCCAACUGAAGAUCUUCGCGCACAACAUUUUCUCCGUGACGAUAACCUUCUCAUAAAACUAACCGUAUAUCUUGAUUAACAAGAUAUCUUAUUUUUAGUUUUACCACUUGAAGAUGGCUCUUUCGUUUCUUUGGUUAGGAAUUUUUAUAAAUGUAAACUUUUAAGUUUGUAUACAGUGGUUCCAGGUUGCCAUCUUGGCAAUUGGCCUUGUUUGCACUUUCUUCCAGUUUGGUGCAACCUAAAAAAAAGCAUUGACGUUGUCCAUAAGAAAAGGCUACGAAAAGAAGGACAGUAAAGGAAGGGAAGAAUAGAGUGGGGAUGAAAGGGGUCGGACUCUCUUUUUUCACUCUCCCUUUGUCUUUCCAUUCGUACAUUUUCUUAUGGACAAUGUCAAUGCCUUUUUUUAGGUUGCACCAAACUGGGAGAAAGUCCUAUCCAAGACGGCAACCUCGAACCACUCUAUUGUUGUUGUUAUAACGAGUUACAAUAAACACUUCUAUGAUGCCCUUGCAAA